AUGGAGAACAACCAUCAAGUAACCGACGCCAAAAGCCCCCUCCAACCUCAUGUAUUAAUCUUUUCGCUACCAUUUCAAGGACCCGUUAACUGUGCUCUAAAGUUAGCCGAACUCUUAUGUCUUUCCGGCAUCCAUGUCACCUUCCUGAACACCGAGCACAUCCACCGCCCUCUUCUCCUCCAUACCCACGUCGUAUCACGAUUCAACCGCUAUCCAAACUUCCGAUUUGAGACAAUCCCUGAUGGAGUUGAGCAUGAAAAACCUGUCUCCGCUGACCGGUUCAUGGAGGUGAUGGAAGGUAUAGAUACUGUGACUAGACCCCUUUUCCGGGAGAUGAUGAUUUCCGGUAGCCUGAGUUCGCGAUCGGUGCGGCCGGUGACGGUGAUGAUACUUGAUGCUUUCUUGAGUUUUGGUUUGGAUGUAGCUAUCGAGACGUCGAUUCCUGUGGUUUUCUUCGAGACGGUAAGUCCAUGCUUCUUGUGGACUUCUUGCUUGAAUCUUCCUACACUUAUUGAAUCUGGGGAAGUUCCCUUCCAAGGGGGUAAUUUAGAUGAGCUUAUAAAAAGUGUGCCAGGAUCUGAACAUAUUAUACGGAGACGAGAUCUUGCAAGCUUUUGUCGUAGCGAUGACUUGUCUGAACCCAUUAUUGAUCUCCUCUUGAAUGAAGCUCGAACUAUUCCUCAAGCUCAAGGUUUCAUACUCAACACGUUUGAAGAGUUGGACUCUCUCAUAUUACCACACAUGCGAAAACUUUGUCCAAACAUUUAUCCCAUAGGCCCAUUGCACUCUCUCCAUAAAGCUCGCCUUAAGGAGAAGAUGACAUUGAUGUCCCCAAAAACAACUUUUUCGAACAGUAUUUGGAAGGAAGAUAGAACUUGCGUAUCGUGGCUUGAUAAACAAGCUCCAAAAACCGUUCUUUACGUCAGCAUUGGAAGUCUAGCCACCAUUACAGUAAAUCAACUACUAGAAAUAUGGCAUGGUGUGGUAAAUAGUGGGAAACCUUUUUUAUGGGUAAGACGCCCAGGGUCAAUCAUAGGUGGGUACGAAGAAUCACAAAUCCCGUCUGAACUGCUAGAGUAUACAAAAGAAAUUGGAUGUAUCGUAGAUUGGUCGCCACAAGAACAUGUCCUCGGUCACCAUGCUGUUGGUGCAUUUUUAACACAUAGUGGGUGGAACUCGACUAUUGAGAGUAUAGCUGAGGGGGUUCCCCUGAUUUGUUGGCCUUACUUUUCCGACCAACAAGUGAAUAGUCGCUUUGUGGGAGAAGUAUGGAAGCUUGGAAUAGACAUCAAAGAUACUUGUGAUCGAUUAAUUAUUGAAAAGGCAGUGAAGGAUGUCAUGGAAACGGGAGGAAACAUAUUUAGACCGUGUGUUGAUGGUUGGAAAAUUUUGGCGAAAGAGUCGGUAACUGAGAUGGGGUCGUCGUCUAUGAAUUUUGAUCGUUUGAUCAAUGAUAUAAGGGUAAUGAGUUCGGCCACAAAGUUAUCAGCUAAAGGUCAUGUCGCCGCUAUUGGUAUCACUGGUAAGACCUACCUAUCCGAAUUCGCAUUUUCACGUUCCGGUGAACGCCAACCGUUUGAUCAUUUUUGUAAUCCAAUGGUUGAGAAACUCAUGGAACUGACAAAACCAAUAGUGGCGACAGCUAAAGGCCUAAAAUUGUCGCCGCUAAAGAAGAGAUACUACCGGCCAUCGAAAACUUCGCCUCUCCGACCACCGACACUGUUGCUGUUGUCGAUUUCCUUCUCCCGGCUCUUUUCCUCUCCGGUCACCACCACUACCGUCGGUUGUUGUUGUCCCCGACAUCAACUACCAUCACUACCGCUGCAACACCGAAGACUACCACCACCAGUUGAAAGAGGGAAAAGUUUUUGGGAACCACAGUUGGAGAAUAUUCAAUUAAUGUCUAAGGAUCUGGAGUCAACUGUGGAACUUAUAGGAUGGAACAACCGUGGCGGGGAUGAUGACACAUCAUAUUAG